ACGAAGGUACUGGGUAGAGGGAGAUCCGGAUGAAGACAAGAACUACAACAACAGGCAGCAAUCGAUCUCAAAAAUCUUCCUUGCCCUCGUCUGUCUCUCUCUCCUCAGGCCCUCACACGUUGCACGACACACACAAGAGGAAGCUUACCCGCGGAAGGAGCACGCGCUCGUCGAAAGCUGGUCAAUAUGUUGAACGAGAGGCAGAGAGCGGUGAUGGUUCGCAAGGUGAACGAGGACCUGGACAUUCCCCUCUUGUCGGAGUCGCGGGAGAGGCGGUUGAUCGAGAAGCUCGUUGACAAGAUCAUGCCCAAGGUGGAACCUUCCAUGCAGGCCAUCAUGCCGGACGUAUACGUCAGGUGCAUCAAGAAGGCCUUGGACGAGACUGAAACCAUCAAGAACAGGAGGAAGCACAUCUCGACCCUCCUGCGUGGCGAGCUGUCGGAGCCUCUCACCAGACAACUGAACGAGCGCGUGGACUGCUCGGGGAUCCCCGAGAAGUGGGAGGGCAAGGUGCUCAAGCUCGUGUCAAAUAAGGUGAUCGACGAGUUCGUGGAAUGGACAGUUGGCGAAGUGGACGAGCAUCUCCGGGUCGUCCCUGGUUCGGACAGGUCGACUGACGCGGACAGGUCGAUGCCCGAAGAAGAAUCGGAGAUGCCCGAAAAAGAAUCCGAGUCUGUUGGUAGAUCGUUGUAAGAGGACCCCCGCGCAGCAGGUGCCUCCCGCUAUGGUGUGAAGAUCACGGAAGCGUGAUUUGUCGAGAUCGAGCUUGACGUUGACCCUACGUACAAGGCUUUGUCGUUUGGCGGUGCGGUUAAAUGUGUGACACAUGGACAACUGAGGAUGAUUGGCAGCGUACCAUCGGACGAUUUCGUAGACAGGCAAGUCAUCGCAGUUUGCCCAGGGCACAAAACCCGCGUCUAUCUGUAGACCAGUGCUUCACUAGAAAGUAUUCAUGUAGAAAUGAUGUCCAGACUGUUCUACAGACCGCUGUUCGAAGACGGGAAAACGUUCUGGUUUUGCCUCUACACCGGAAGGAAUUGAUCCGUGCCGUGUUUCGAGGGUUGCCUUAAUAUAUCGGGAUCCAUUUGACCAAAGUUUGAAAACUCCGAACCCCGCUAGAGCAUGCCCAGAACAUCUCUUAUCCGGGAGGGGCCUCGUUUUUGUUUUCCGAAUGGGACAGACACUGGUUGGUGUUAUGAAGGCUUUGUCGAUCAGAGUCGGACGACAAGCAUCUCGGAGGUAUUAUUGUUCUAUAUCCGUGCGCCAUUUUUUUUGUAGUCAGCGUUGAUAAGUGGCCGAAGGCUGGUGGGAGGAGGAAGACUCCAUUCAUACUCAGUCAUACUUGUUGUUGAUGAUGCCUUCACGUAUUUCUGGCAUGCAAAACAACCGCUCUCCCCGUGAAUAAUAAAACGUUAGUGCUGUCUAGUGUGGACAAGACAAAGAAAGGCGUAAACUCUGGUUGGUGUCCAUAACCUACAGCAUGGCUUUCGAAAUGAGAUACCCAGAGGAAGCCCCCA